CGUUUCAGCUGUGUCGGGGUGGAAGAGGAGGAGGCGCCGGACAUCGACAUUUACCACUGCCCAAACUGCGAGAAAACCCACGGGAAGUCCACCUUGAAGAAGAAGCGGACCUGGCACAAACAUGGCCCGGGGCAGGUGCCCGAUGUCAAGCCUGUGCAGAAUGGCAGUCAGCUCUUCAUCAAGGAGUUGCGGAGCCGGACCUUUCCCAGUGCCGAGGAUGUGGUAGCCCGUGUACCAGGCAACCAGCUCACAUUGGGCUACAUGGAGGACCACGGCUUCACUGAGCCCAUCCUUGUCCCCAAGAAAGACGGGCUGGGCCUGGCCGUGCCGGCCCCCACCUUCUACGUCAGUGACGUCGAGAACUACGUGGGGCCGGAGCGGAGCGUGGACGUGACGGAUGUCACCAAGCAGAAGGACUGCAAGAUGAAGCUGAAGGAGUUCGUGGACUACUACUACAGCACCAACCGCAAGCGCGUCCUCAACGUCACCAACCUCGAGUUCUCCGACACCCGAAUGUCCAGCUUUGUGGAGCCACCGGACAUUGUGAAGAAGCUGUCCUGGGUGGAGAACUACUGGCCUGACGAUGCACUGCUGGCCAAGCCCAAAGUGACCAAGUAUUGCCUGAUUUGUGUGAAGGACAGCUACACCGACUUCCACAUCGACUCCGGGGGCGCCUCCGCCUGGUACCACGUGCUCAAGGGAGAGAAGAUCUUCUAUCUGAUCCGGCCGGCCUCGGCCAACAUCUCCCUGUACGAGCGCUGGCGGUCGGCCGCCAACCACGGCGAGCUGUUCUUUGCCGACCAGGUAGACAAGUGCUACAAGUGCGCCGUCAAGCAGGGCCAGACCCUCUUCAUCCCCUCAGGUUGGAUCUACGCCACACUCACCCCUGUGGACUGCCUGGCCUUCGCGGGGCAUUUCCUGCACAGCCUGAGCGUGGAGAUGCAGAUGAGAGCAUACGAGGUGGAGAGGAGGCUGAAGCUGGGCAGCCCGACCCAGUUCCCCAACUUCGAGACGGCCUGCUGGUACAUGGGGAGGCACCUGCUCGAGGCGUUCAAAGGUUCUCACAGGUCUGGGAAGCAGCUGCCCCCUCAUCUAGUCCAAGGAGCUAGAAUUCUCAAUGGUGCUUUCAGAUCUUGGACAAAGAAGCAGGCUCUGGCGGAGCAUGAGGACGAACUCCCGGAGCACUUCAAGCCUUCACAGCUCAUCAAGGACCUGGCCCGAGAGAUCCGGCUCAGUGAGAACGCCUCCAAAGCCAUCCGGCCCGAAGUGAAUGCUGUCGCCUCGUCGGAUGAGGUCUGUGAUGGGGACCGCGAGAAGGAGGAGCCCCCGUCUCCCAUCGAGGCCACCCCACCUCUAUCC